AUGGCGCCGGAAGAGCCGCGGGAGAUUCCGCGAGUGGACCUAAAACGUGCGCGCGUGAUGGACCACGUGGUGUCCUGCGUGGUGGACCUGUCGUGGGAGGGCUUGGAAGACGGAGACGGGCGCGGCAAGGCGGCACCGAUUCCGCUCAGGCUCCGCACCUACCGUGCCUGCAUGCCCAACUCCUUGGCUGCCAAGGGUUUGCAAAAGUACGAAAGCCCAGUGGUGGAGCGCGCAGAGUUGCUCUUCGGUUUGGGCUACAGCAUCAAGAAGGGCGACCUCGCAGGAAUCCCGUGGAAGGACUGGCGCGCCUUUGAACCUGAUGAGCAGGCCUUCCAUAAGGACACGGGCUACUUGAAAGCGCUCCUGGCGGCCGCCUUCUCCGACCAACUCCUCCUAGGUGCCUAUGGCGUCGUGAAGAAGGAGCUCGACUUGAACGGAACGGUGGCGAAGAAGCAGCUCGAAGGAUUCGAGGUCUUGCAGAAGUUGAUGAAGAAACACCACCUCUCCGAGCGCGAGACCAUGGUCUUUGCCAAAGGAGCCGUGGAGGAUGCGGGGGCCUACGUGGAGUUCGUGUGUGGCAGUCGACCACGUCAAGUGAUCAAAGAAGAGGGCUACGUGCUGGUACAGCUGGGACUGGAUGCCCAGUCCGAAGCCGCAAGGUGGCGCAAGUUGGCUUCACUGCCUUCCGCCAUGAUGGUGAGCCCCGUUCGAUUGCCCGCGGAGUUCAAUCUGAUCUCGCAAUUUGAGAAGCACAUGAGGGACCUGGCGCGGAUCCAAGCGACGGCCGGGUGGACCUACAAACCGGUGACGGCCCUCCAUCCGCAUUUCCUCAAAUGGGAGUGGAUGGAGCCGCUCUUUACGGCCAAGGGCCAGCCCUUGCGCUGCGAAGGAAUGCUGGAGAAGAAGAACUCCGUGGGGGUGCUGGCCUACGUUCAGCCCUUGACAGAGGGGCACCUGAAACCGGUGGCCUCCUUCGCCGUGGCGGCCAAUGUCCGUGGAGGGCAGGGGCCAACCAACUCCUACCCCGAAGCAGUCACGGUGCUCUCACCGGGGCACAUUGCCUUUGUCUUGAGCACUUGCAAAAUGGAGACCAGCAAGCUGGGUCUCCGCAGGUUCGGCUUCACCACCUCGGGCGAGUUGGCCGUGCUGCACCGCUGCGUGAACUUGCCGUCAGGAUGCCUCUAUGGCGCUGUGUGGGAGAAGGUGAGGGCCCUUCGCGAGGCCUUGCGGCAAGAGCUGAAGUUUGAGAUGCCCUCCAAGGACACACCGGUGCUGUACGACUCGGAUGUCACGGAUCUCACCUGGGAUCUCUUCCAGGCCGUGGCCGGGCCGAUGAAGGGCGAAGAGGCCACCCUGGCGUUGGACCGUGACGGCGUGCAGAGCGUCCUCAGCAACACCACGGUGAAUCUGUUGAAGCAGGAGCUUCCAAUCGGCGUGGUACCCGAGGCCUUUUUGCCUGUGGCGGAAUGGCCAACGCUCGUGCAGAGGCGACAAGAGCUGGUGAACAAGAUCAACUGUGAAGUGAAAGCCACGGACUCAGAGGGAACAGGAGCAGCCUCUGCGAGUGCCUCUGCGCUCUGCUUUGACCGCACCGAAAUGGGCCUGCGGCAGUACGUGGAGAUCGAGGGAGAGUCAGAGGGUGAGUACGUGACGCCGGCCAAGCGGCCACGCUUGAAGCUCCGCCUCUCCGAGCCCAAGGUGCCCAGGCCGUCGAACGCGGAGAACCCGCAAGACGCGGAGGCCAAGGGCGGACGCGCGAGGACGCUGAUGGAGACGCCGAGCCGCCGCGAGGGGCUCUCCGAGGAGCAAGAGCGCCGCUUCCGCAUGGCUGUGUGCAAGAGCAGCGAUGAAGUCCUCGGCGCCUUGCUUUGUGGCUUGGAGCAGGAGGAUGCGCUGGCACUGAAGCGAUCGGAGGUGCAGAGAGCACAAAUCCAUGCCUACCACGCAGUGCAGCUCUACUUCACCAUGAAAUCCUUCCAAAGCAGCAACAUCGAAGCGGCCACUCUCUUGGCCGCCUGGAAGGCCGUGAAGGACACGAGGAUCCUGGUUUCUGCCGAGCGCUUCGUUCAGGUGCUACAAGAACAAGAAGUGGCUCUGGAGGCGCUUGGUCUUCACCCGACCCAGUGGCUCACGGAGGAGGCCAUGAACUUGGAGCGAUGGGCCAACGGAGCUUCCAUCUCCAGAUGCGUGGACCUCUCCUUGGUGGAUGGCCUCGCCCAGCGAUGGGUGCAGCGGCUGCAGCGAGACGAGGAGCUGCACGGGGACGCAGUGCUGAAGCUCCGAGAGACGGCGCGCACCUUGGUGGUGGAAGCCAUGCUGGGCCCAGCGCCCUUGAUGUUCCCGCCUGUGACCCUGGCGGCGGCGGCCACCACGCUGGGGGUGAUGAAGUCGCUGGAUGCCUUGAAGGCCAGCUCCGAAGAGAUCAAGGGGAGGAUCAAGAAGGAGCAAACAGAAGAAGAUCAGAAGGAGAUGAGGCUGGCCAUGCAAGAAGUGACCAGAACCAUCAGACUCCCCCGGGUGGCGGUAGACACACGCCUGACCCGCUGCUGGAUGGCUUGGGAAAGUCGAGAGCUCAUACCUGAUGGAGUCAAUGUGGGUGGAUGGUUUUGCUUGGAGGAUUGGUUCUAUUCUCAGGCGACAGCCACCGCGACGUCCGGGAGCACGAAUCCGAAGGCAACGGCUUCCACGACCACGGUGGGUCACCUGGUGGCCACUCCGAAUUUGGACUACGAGAAGCACCGCUUUCAGCUGAACCGGGAGAAGUUGGUCGGGCAUGUGUGCAGCAUUUUCGCUCUGACUGCCACGGAGGACCGGGAAGCGGCUCGGAGAGCGCACCAGUGGGAGGCUCGAUUGCUUCGACCCUACUUCGGUUGCGAGUCCGACUUGAUCAACCUCCUCCUGCAGAGCGGCCUCGGCGAAGAGCGCGUGCUGGAGCUCUUCUGGCAGCAUCGCACGAGCUACGUGUCGCCCAUCGACUUUGCUCGGAUCCGUGCUUUGGGACUGAAGAAGAUCCGAUUGCCUCUCACCUGGUGCAUCAAUUACGACCAGCCUUAUCGGAUCAAAGGCAAGACCUUCGGAGGUCAAGAUCAGGAGGUGCUCAUCGGAACCGUGGCCGCGAUCGUGAAGGACCCCUUCGAGAACGACCCCGCCUUCAAUCCCAAGGGCAUGGGCAUCGCGAACGACCGAUGGGUCUCCAUUCCCAUCCAAGUCGUUGAGCACGUGCUUGAGGUGGCGGCUGACUUUGGACUCCAAGUGCUCCUGGACCUGCACGCCUUUCCCGGCGGCUCCAGCGCGGGGACCUUCAAUGGCGUGUGGCCUUUGAACCCACGCUUCUGGACGGCGCAUUGCUCGGAGAAUUUCACCACCAUCAUGGUGCAGAUCUUAAAUUGGAUGAAUGGCUUGAGCAGCAAGAACCCCAAGGCCUUUAAGGGACUCUAUGGUUUGACGCCCAUGAAUGAACCGGCUCAUAUGCGAGGCCUUUAUGACACGUCCGGUGCUGCUGUGCCAGUUCCAUACCAGGAAGCCUAUGAUGAGUUGGGUCUUCCCGGUUGGGCCAAUGUCUCCACCCAGCAGAUCCUGCAGACGCUGCAACUCAGCGUGGAGGAGUUUCGGAGGCGUCCGGCCCUGGCGUCGCAGGGCGUCCGGCUCCUGAUGAACGUCAUCGAGACCGCCUUCGCCGGGACCUUCGGCGGCACGGACGAUGCCAAGGCCUUCGCGGCCAGUCAGACGGGCGAAGUGGGCUCCGUGACGGGGGCCCUGGGCGCCUGGUGGAAGGAGAUCACCACGGAGUCUGAGCGGCAGACGUGGGCGGUGCUGGACCUGCACAACUACAUUGCCUGGAACCCGGAAGUCAAGAACUUCGAAGAGAUUGCCACCAUGGAGGACUACAGGCGUUUGCUGAGUGAGAUGAGUCUGCCAUUCUUUCAACAACUCCGCAGUCGCUUGCAGAUGCCGAAGCCGCAGCUCCUGGCGUGCUCCGAGUACAGCGCGAGUACCAAUCAGGACACGCUGCUGUCGGUCACCAGCAGCGUGGGCCGACGCCCCAGGCGUUUGCCGUGGCGCGUCGGAUGGCACACGCUGCGCGAUGAGUUCUUACGUGGUCAACACCGGGCGGCGAAGGAGGAGAAGAUCGACAUGUGGUUCUGGACGUAUCACAUCCGAAAGAACCGGAACUACCAAGGAGAGUGGUCCUUACAACAUGUCCUUUCGCCAUGGCCACGGCUCCUCCAGAGCUUUGGACCUUUGUCCUUGCUCCGGUGUGUCGGCCAUCUGAGCUGCACCUGUGGGUGGCUUUUGCUCUAUGGGCUGCGAAGGCCCUGGAGCUUCAUUUGCUGCGGUUUUGGCUGGCGAUUCGUCUUCCGCGUUUGA